AUCAAUAUUUGUAGUGAAGGCAGUACAAGUAUUUAAUACCGUGUGUUUUGAAAUAGUAUGGACAAUAUAGGUGAAAAGUUGAAGCCGUUUGGAUGAUUGUAUAGAAAAGUAACACUGAUAUCGGAUUUGAUCAUGUGUCGUUAUUAGUUCCAGAGUAAACAACCAGCCGGAAGUGUAACCUAUUUAAAGUAUUGCCAUGGAGAAGUCUGGGCAUGCGCCGGCGCCGGUCCCGAUUUCCGCAGACGAGGCGGCUUUCCAUGUACCCCCGCCAUCGUAUGAAGAGGUUAUGGGCGCGUACCAAACUUCAUUUAAGCCAGGUCCAGACAGCCUGCCGCAGUUGGCCUACAUCGACAUUAUGCCACGUUGUCUCCGACCCGGUAACAUCAAGGGCAAGCUCAAACCAGAGUUCGAUAACUUCAGCGCGGUAGUAACGGGAGCGAACCGCUGGCUGGCGGACCACCCGGAACUAAGCGUCUGGAAAUGUGAAUGUGUACAGACGCCCUUGUCGACGGCUCGCGAUGGAAGCCUCUACUACGACCUCAAUUCAAUGGUCCGCCACGACUCAACCUACGGCUACAGUGUCUACCUCAAGGGGCUCAGGAUGUGGCUGACUACCGCACAACCCGGCUCCACUCCCCAGCAAUUGGGACUCAGGACCGCCGUCCCGGAAGUGAAGACCAUUGAGCUGCCGAACCGCUACCGGAAGGGACGGAUCAUUGUAGGAGAUGAAGUGCAGACGUUUGGCUACCACCAGUACACGACACUCGAUGGCUUGCAGGGAACGCUGAAGAGACUGAACGAGAAACUCAAGUCUGACCCGAUACCAGGCCGGAUUCUGACUAUCGGGACGGACAUGGUUAAGGCGUUUGACCAGUUCAAACUUGACCUUGACCCCGAUGCCGCGUGCUGGGAUGAGGACAAGGAUCGCUACUCUCGCGUUACACAGGUCCUUCGCAUAUUCUACUUGCAGGGACCACCGGGAAACGAAGAGAUAGGUCUUACCGACUUCCGGCCCCAAAUGACCCAGCGACCUGACAACAUCGCACCCGGCAAGCUCGAGCUCUUUGAUCAAGUGAUGUCAGCCAUGGGGCAGUGGGUAACACAACAAAAGGGCAGCCGCAUUGUGAACAUACAGCAGUUUGACGCGAUUGUGGAGAAAACGUUUGACAAUGAAUUGAAGGUGGAAACGGACUCGACAGACGACGCUGUCUGGGCGUUCAAAGACAGACGACUCGCCAAGACGCUUCGCGUAUUUCAAGUCACUUCCGGCGGACAAGCGGUUGCCCAGCAACCCAACCACAUUAAUUCCCGUCUCUUCUUGCCGGCAAGAAUGGGACCAAAAGUAUUUGAAAGCAUGACCCAGACAAUGGAUAGAGUGGACUUCUGGCUUCGUGUAACAGGUGCGAACGUGUACAACGUGGAGACGGUGAAGCUGUUGCUUCACGAAACGCAACCGGCCGGCGCUGACGUCGCGGCGUCUGAAUACCGGAUACAGAAGAUGACCGGGAAAUACUGGCUCACGGCAAUAAGGGUGUACAUCGCGGGUCCGUACAACGAGCCGGAUCCCUCUCAGCUCCCGCCAGUCCCCUUGUACAAGUCCGGAAGUGGCUCAUGCACAAUCGUAUGACAUUUCAAGCCGAAACAUACACGUGCGUUUUCUGGUCAACAUUAUAAGGAUCCUGAUGGAUGUUACUAUAAAAUACUCGCGUUCAACUAUUCGUGUGAAGUUUCAAUUUGUUUUUAAGUUAUCUUUUCUCAGGUCGAAGUAUCAGUGUUAUACUGUGUAAACGUGGAAGGUGGCAUUCAUAUACCAACAAGUUGAUUUUGCAAAAAGCAUUGCCAUGUUCACCAGACAGCAUUGUCAUGUUCACCAGACAGCAUUGUUAUGAGAGAGUUAUUUUGUGAUAUACACUUUACAUCUUUACAUGUACUCAACUAUUUUUACUUUUGUCAUUAAGGUGGCGGGAUACGUUGCUCCGUCAAAAUUGACGUUCAAAAUAAAAUAUCUUUCAAAUUGUUCGAAAAUU